AUGCCGCUGGAUGCACUGAAUGGGGCGAAGCUGCCUGCUUCUGCCGAUUUUCACGUUCACCUGAGAGAUGGCAAAAUGAUGGAGCUAGUAGUGCCCACCAUUCGGAAGGGAGGAGUGAACACGGUCUUCGUGAUGCCCAAUCUCGUCCCACCGGUCACUACGGUUAAGCAUGCGCUCGAAUACAAGGCGAAACUCGAAUCCCUGGAGCCUAACGUUACCUUCCUUAUGUCCUUGUAUCUGCAUCCAUCUAUUACUCCGGAGACCGUGGCAGAAGCCGCUAAAGCCGGCAUCGCUGGCAUCAAAUCCUAUCCGGCAGGUGUCACCACCAACUCUUCUUCCGGCGUUCUCUCCUAUGAAUCAUUCUACCCUGUUUUCGCCGAGAUGGAGAGUCAGAAUGUGGUGCUCAACCUUCACGGCGAGUGCCCAUCGGACCAUGACGCUGGCAUCACGGUGCUCACCGCCGAAGAGCGCUUCCUGCCCACCCUGUUAGACUUGCAUCGUCGAUUUCCGAAACUUCGGAUCGUCCUCGAGCAUUGCACCACGGCCGCAGCAAUCGAUGCCGUCAAAAGCUGCGGGCCGAACGUCGUGGGUACCAUCACCGCCCACCAUUUGAGGAUCGUGGUGGACGACUGGGCCGGGGAUCCGUUCUGCUUCUGUAAGCCCGUGGCCAAGACCCCGGCUGAUAGAGACGCGUUACUGCGAGCGGUGGUGAGCAGCGACCCCAAGUUCUUCUUCGGAAGCGACUCCGCACCACAUCCUGCGACCGCAAAGCGUGGCGGUGACAAGGUCGCUGCGGGGGUGUUCACCCAGCCCUACGCCACGCAAUUGGUGUUGGACGCUCUGGAGGCGGCGGUCGGCAGAGGAUUAUUACGAGCAGAUGAGGUGUCCAACGAACGAUUGCAGGGCUUCCUUGGUGACAAUGGGAGACGUUUCUAUGGCCUCGACGCGGAGCGGAAUGAGUUCAUCGUGUUGAAGAAGGCUGGAGAGAUCGUCCAAUCCUCACUGCAAACACCGGAUGGCGAACUAGAAGUUACUCCGUUCCGCAAAGGAGAAAAGACCUGGAGCUUAGCCUUCGUAUGA